UGUUGCCGUACACUUCUUGCCGUAAAGCAAAACGUCCUGCCUAAUCAAACAUGGCUGCUCCCUCAUUGACAGGGGGAGGUUUCAAUAUCCUCCGACGUUUCGCAGGACAACUACAUUCAAGGUUAUGCGGAGUAGGUUUGCCGCAGGUUACAUGCUGUAUUCACACCAGUGCACCUCUUGAUGGGCGCAAGAAGUGGGAGAAGGGAAACCUUAUUGUUUAUCCACCUCAGCAGGCCGAUGAGCCACGCAGACCAGCGGAGGUGUUCCACUGUCGACGACAAACUAAAUACAGCAAAGACAAGAUGUGGUACAUAGCAAAACUGGUCAAAGGAAUGACGAUUGACCAAGCCCUUGCUCAGCUUGAGUUCAGCGACAAGAAAGGGGCCAAAGUGGUGAAGGAUGUUUUACUAGAAGCCCAGGAGAUGGCAGUAAGGAGUCAUAAUGUUGAAUACAAAUCUAAUUUGUAUGUUGCGGAGUCCUUCUCGUCCAAGGGCAAGUACCUGAAGCGGAUCCGCUACCACGGGAGAGGGAUGUUCGGCGUCAUGGACAAGGUGCACUGCCACUACUUCGUCAAGCUGGUGGAAGGAACUCCUCCGGCGGCCGAGAGCAGCACGGGCUUGGACCAGGCCAAGGAGUACGUCCAGGAACUGAGGAACCGCACCAUUAUCCAUUCACUUUAGUUCAGUCACUCUCAGCUACUGCUGUGUGUGUGUGUGUGUGUGUGUACAUGUAAAUAAUGGAAUAAAUAUCUGCAAUGGUUAUCUGUG